AUGACCCCUGAAGAAGGGAAAGUAGCUAAGGAUGUCAACAUUUUUUUUGAUGAGUUAGAAGGUGUGAACAGCCCUUCCAAAGAUGAUGAUUCCCUGCUUCACCAUGGUAACUUGACCAGUACUUCUGAUGAUGCCAGCAGGCUGGAAGUUGUGGGAGAGGAAGUACCUGAUAAGAACAAAACCAGUGGACUAUAUUUUAGAGAUGGGAAAUGUCGCAUUGACUACAUCCUUGUGUAUAGAAAAUCUAAUCCACAGACAGAGAAGAGGGAAGUAUUUGAGAGAAAUAUCAGAGCAGAAGGACUUCAGAUGGAAAAAGAAGUAAGAGCUAUUCCUUAAAAAUACUUUCACAUUGAAGCUAUAUAGAAUCUGGGGCUGUGAUUUGUUUACUCUGAAACUCUUCACUCUGUUGUAGCAGUAGAAAAAUGCUUUUAACCAUGCCUAAAUAUAGGCCAGAGCAGUGCAAAAGUGUAGCCUAAAGGAAAAUCAGAC